AUGUACGUAUACCUCCAACAUACCUCUUCUUCUCAACGACUCGGAAUCAUGGUGCUGGUUUUGGUCAUAGGCGAUCUUCAUGUUCCCUACCGUGUUCAUGACCUACCAUUAAAAUUUAAGAAGUUAUUGGUUCCUGGGAAGAUACAACAAAUUAUCUGUACAGGGAAUGUUUGUGACAAGGAGACCUUUGACUAUUUAAGAACGGUAGCGGCUGAUAUUCAUAUUGUGCGAGGUGACUAUGAUGAGUUCGCCAAUUGGCCUCUUUCGAAAAUCAUAACUCAUGGCCCAUUGCGUAUUGGUGUACUGCAUGGACACCAAGUGAUUCCAGUAGGCGACACCGAGUCUCUUUCAACAGUUGCUCGACAAAUGGACGUUGAUAUUUUAUUGACAGGACAUACUCAUCGAUUUGAGGCAUUUGAAUACGAGGGGAAGUUUUUUGUCAAUCCAGGGAGUGCAACUGGAGCUUAUUCUGGAUUUAGUGCGGAGGAAGUGAAGCCUUCUUUCGUGUUGAUGGAUAUCCAAGGAUCAGUCGUAGUAACAUAUAUCUAUCAAUUAAUUGAUGGUGAAGUAAAAGUAGAGAAGGCCGAAUAUAGAAAAACUUAUGAUCCCACUAAGGCUACGUAA